AAACGAAAAUAAAAUAUAUAUAUAUAUAUAAAAAUUUCUAUUUCAUGAUCUAUAUGAAUUUCUCUGCUUCUUCUUCUCCACUGCGCUUCCUCUUUCACAUUAGCUUCCCUUCUUUAAUAUCUUCAACAUUCUUCGUGCUCCUGCAUUGAUUUAGCUGCAAAUUUGAUUCCCACAAAGAUUUGGAGCCUAAUUUGGAUUCCUUUUUGUUGUAUCAUAUUUGUUUAUUUAUUUAUUGUAAUUAUCUGAUUCGCAUUGAAUUUGUUUGGAAAUUCAAGGCGCAGAGUCUUUUCGUUUUUGUAGAUAAAUUUUUUGAUUGAAAAUUUGGAUUCAGUCGAAAAUUUGAAAGAUUAGGGUUUCCAAACAAUCUGUUUGGAAGCAAGGUUGAUUCAGGUUCUGUGAUCUGAUCAGCCCUGCUCGUAUUCCGUUAAUGGGAUUAACGACGAUCAAUUCGGAUACUACAUUGCGGAGUAGAGACUUGCUGAGGACCUGAGAUUGGGGUGUAUUUGAUGGGGAACAUAUGUACGGGGCCAAAUCUAGGUGCUAAUGGAUUCAUUCAAUCUGUCACCGCAGCUGUUUGGCGGACUCGGCCACCGGAGGACAGACUACCUCCCCCUCCCAAGGGAGAAAACAGCAGCCAAGGAACGUCCAAAUCAGUUCCUGUCGCCGAUGAAUCAAAGAGCUCUGCUAACUCCAAAGGAGGAUCCGAUCAUUCCCCAAUGCCGGUCCAGAGCACCCCACCUGAACCCGUCAAAAUCGGCAACGAGCUACCACAGCCGGGUGCGGUCGGUAAACCUGCCGAAUCGGAGGCGAAUAAGCCUGCUGAUGAAGCUAAACCGAAGAAACCUGCACAUAUGAAGAGAGUGUCAAGUGUAGGGCUGCAAAUGGAGUCUGUAUUAGGGAGGAAGACUGGGAAUUUGAAGGACAUUUAUAGCUUGGGAAGGAAAUUAGGGCAAGGGCAAUUUGGGACGACACUUUUUUGCUUGGAGAAGGCCACCAGUAAGGAGUUUGCGUGCAAAUCCAUAGCCAAGAGGAAGUUGACGACGGAGGAAGAUGUCGAGGAUGUGAGGAGGGAGAUUCGGAUAAUGCACCACUUGGAGGGUCACCCCAAUGUGAUCAGAAUUGUGGAUGCAUACGAGGAUGCGGUGGCAGUUCAUGUUGUUAUGGAGCUUUGUGCCGGUGGGGAGCUUUUUGACAGGAUUAUUCAGAGAGGGCAUUAUUCAGAGAGAAAGGCAGCUGAGCUUGCAAGAGUAAUAGUUAGUGUUGUUGAAGCAUGCCACUCAUUAGGGGUUAUGCAUAGGGACUUGAAACCCGAGAACUUUCUGUUUGUUAACCAGGAGGAGGAAUCUCCACUUAAGACUAUAGAUUUUGGGCUAUCCGUAUUCUUCCGGCCAGGUGAAACUUUCUCCGAUGUGGUUGGGAGCCCUUACUAUGUGGCCCCAGAAGUAUUAAGGAAGCAUUAUGGUCCAGAAUGUGAUGUUUGGAGUGCAGGUGUUAUCAUUUAUAUAUUGCUAAGUGGUGUUCCCCCCUUUUGGGAUGAGACGGAGCAAGGAAUAUUUGAACAGGUUUUAAAAGGUGAGCUUGAUUUUGUGUCAGAACCCUGGCCUAGCAUUUCUGAAAGUGCAAAAGAUCUGGUUCGAAAAAUGCUAGUAAGGGACCCCAAAAAGAGGCUGACCGCUCAUGAAGUCCUUUGCCAUCCAUGGGUUCGGGUUGGUGGUGUUGCUCCGGAUAAGCCUCUUGAUUCUGCUGUUCUAAGUCGCUUGAAGCAAUUUUCUGCCAUGAACAAGCUCAAGAAAAUGGCCAUUAAAGUUAUUGCUGAAAGCCUGUCUGAGGAAGAAAUUGCAGGUAUGAAAGAAAUGUUCAAGAUGAUAGACACAGAUAAUAGUGGACAAAUCACACUUGAGGAACUGAAAAGUGGUUUGGAGAGAGUUGGUGCUAUUCUCAAGGAUUCUGAAAUUCAUCGAUUAAUGCAAGCAGCAGAUAUUAACAAUAGUGGUACGAUAGACUACGGUGAGUUCAUCGCAGCAAUGCUUCAUCUAAACAAAAUUCAGAGGGAGGAUCAUCUAUUUGCUGCCUUCUCAUACUUUGACAAGGAUGGAAGUGGUUAUAUCACUCCCGAUGAGCUCCAACAGGCCUGUCAGCAGUUUGGCUUAGAAGAUGUGCACAUAGAUGAUAUAAUACGUGAAGUUGACCAAGAUAAUGAUGGCCGUAUUGAUUAUAGCGAGUUUGUGGCUAUGAUGCAAGACACUGACUUUGGCAAGAAAGGAUUACAAAAGAAUUGAAGUAUAGGAUCCACUAAGCCUCAAAACGCUAAUACGUGAUCCAGGUAUGAUUAGACAACACAAUCAGUAGUCAACAUGAAUUUUCUCACUACCGGCAACUAAACAUAAUUUGUGGCUCUCGUGUUUGAAAUUCAUGUCUCAGAGAUGGAGGGAGGAGUGUCCUUUCUU